UCCACAAGAAACACAAUACAAAUCGAGUAAAGUACUAAUCAAUCAUUAUCCACAUUUUCUAAGACAUAGAGAAGAAUUCUUUCGAAAAGUUUCCAUUCCAGUAGAAUUAGAAAAUUAUAAAGAAAAAAUAUUUCAAUUAAGUAAUAUACAUUAUCAAACAGAAUAUUUGAAGUUAGAGGGAGAAAAAUGGAAAAUCUAUAAAAUAUCAGCAAUAGGCAAAGAUAAUAAAAAUAAAAGUAAUAAAGAUCAUGUAGAACUAAUGGAAACAAUUAUAAUAGAUGAUAAUGAUAAUAAUAAUAAUAAUAACACUAUACCAAUAAGUAGACCAUCACCAAAUGGAUUAGCAGGUCCACCUGGGCCAUUAGAUUUCAGUGAAUAUUCUGAAUUUUUUGAUGAUUGGUUGUCUAAUCCAAUACCAGGACAAAAACGAAAACUCAGACAUCGACGAGAUGAUCCACCCACACCACCAUCUCCAAGACAGUCACCACCACCAAUAAUCCCAAGAAAAACAUUGGCACCUAGAAAUGUAAACAUUCCAUUAACUGGAGGAUCCGUUCAUGGAUCACCAUUUUCUAAUGAUAGAAAACAUCACCAAAGAAGUGAACAACGUUCAUUUAAUGCAUUAUUACCAUUAGAAAGACAAGAAUCGAAUAACGAAGAAAGGCAAAUAACUAUUGCCAAUAUAGCAAGAGAAUCAUCAAUGAUUAUAUCACCUAUAAAAAGUUCUACACCAGAAAUAAAAGAAAAAGCCCCUUCAGUUAUACCAAAAAAUGGUAUAAAAGCAACAACCACAACAACAACAACAGAUAUAUCAUUUGAAUGUAAAAUCAUUCCUAUCGAGUGUCGUUAUUUUUUCAAAAAUUUAAAACAAAAAUAUACAUUUGAAAAUAUUGAAACUCAUGAAAAAUUUCUUGAGAAAGAAUACAAAUCAUUAGAGGACGAAAGAGAGAAUAAAUUGAAAUUAUUCUUUCCAGAAGAAAAACAAGCUCAAGUAAUUUCUCUCGUAAGAAAUAUUGUCGAGAAAGUCCUUGAAAAAAAACAAUUAGAUGAUCAGAAAAGAAUCGAUAAUCUCAUCUUGGAUCAUAAACGUGAAAAAGCAUUGCUAACAAUUAGAAACAUUGGAAAUGAAUCAGCACAGCAAUACAUAGAAAAUUUAAAAGAAAAAUUCCAGAGAACAUUAGAUCUGAAAUUACAACUCGAUAAAUUGGAAAAAGAUUUGUCGAGAACAUGCCACCACCAUCAUUGA